AGUAGCAUUGGGCUUUCCAUUGGAAGCUGUGCGCUCUGGAUUCUACAAACACAACUCGCCCCCCAAGUCCUUGCGAAUCGACUAGGGCUUCUCCUAGUAGAUAAAAGGAGGGCAAGGAUAAUGAAAAUUGUGUUGCUUGUCAUAGUUGGGGUUAUGAAUAUUUUAGUGACUUGCAUUUACCUUGCAGGGUACAUUGCUAACACGAAGUAUUUUACGAAUCUACAUAAGAUCUGGGAUCCUAUCGACAAGGUUGUUGAUUUACUCAUCGACAUUUCGCUGAACGUUGUGUUCUUACGGAUCAUUCAACAUGAACUCAUUGCCAAUGGCCUUAUCAAAUAUCGACUAUUAUUUUAUUACGGCGUUGUCUUCGUGUUGAUCUCAAUAUGUAUGGACGUUCUUAUGAUUGUCAUGACAACUGUGCAGGAACCGUUCCCCUACGCUAUGACUCAUCCAAUCGCCUAUACGAGCAAUUUGAUUAUCGAAAUGACGAUGGCGGAUUUGAUAUUGAUCGUCGCAAAAACACCACACCAAAUUCAAGAUGUAUCGGAACAGAUCUGUAUUAGUCAGUGA